CGGAUUUUUACGACGAAAAACAUUUCACUCUCUAAAAGCAAUUGUAGUAGAAAAUGUUCGGAGAGUACAUCGCAUUGUUUGUUUUAAUAGGUGUUACAGACGCCAUCUAUCCGUAUUUCGAUACCCAAGAUUUUAUCUACAAUGUCCCAAAAGUGUAUAGAAUUUCAAUUACGUUGGAUAAGUUACUUGAGUUUUACGAAAGGAAGCCAUCGAAAGACCCAGAAUGGUACAUUGCACUUGGAAAAGCCAGAGGUCAGUUGGAAUAUACAAUAAAUGAAUUGGAUAAAUCCGUUCCAAUCAAAUUGAAAGAAAAUUUGAGAAAUCUUACUAGACGCAUGGAUCGAAUUCAGAACAAGACAAAUAUAGGGGCUUUAGUGUAUCGAAGCAAGGACUAUGAAUAUGUAGCGAAAGCAAUAUUUGACAAUAUGGAUGUAUUAUCAUCAUUAUUUGAGCCAUUGACAAUUGGGACGAUGGGUACGCAGAAGCCAUUUAGAUUCAACUUUGAACAAUACCUUCAAGAAGCUAGAACCAAAAUGCCCAGUAGAAAAGCGGCUGAUGCUUGUACUAUGCAGUUACUAAUAUCAGCCAUGGAAACUCAAACUACACAAUCCGAAGGUGCUUGUGAGUUGACCACAGAAUGCCAAGCGCAGCUGAUGCAAGGGUCAGCCCUUGCGUUCCAGCAAACGAGUAGAGUUAGAGCCAUGACACUAGCCAGAAUUUUCGACUGCAUGGAAGGAGUAGAUAUCUCCGCUAAUAUCUAUAAAUUAUGCAUCCAAAUCUAUAAAGAAACGAAGUCGCUUGAAGCAUGGGACCACCCACCUGGAAGCAAAACAUUGUUCAUGCAACAGAUUCUAUUUUGCGCAUCAGAAGGAUAUGGAGAGUUUAUAAAGCCUCGUUGGAUAAAUAAAAUAAUGUCCUGGCAGGAACCGAAAGGUUGCUACUCAGAUGAUCGUCAACCAUUUUUAAGAUUAACUGGUUUUAUUGGUCCUGCAACCACGUCAACGAAAAAGGAUAGAGAAGAAGAAUAUCGUAUAAAGAAAGCAGCGACGUCUGAAGGUGGUGCGUGUAACUCUUUAACAUCAGCCAUGGCUCUUGGGUCUCUUGUUAUGUACAUCCGAGCUUUAUUGGAAACAGAUCAAGCAUUUCAAUAUGACGUACUAGUAUAA